CAGUGCUGAUCCCACGUGUGACGCUUGCACUCCCGGUUCAGUAAUAUUCUCAUAGCGGUGCUUCGCUUUGCUUUCGCCCUGUUUGUGUGUGUUUGUUAGUUUUUCAGCCUGUAGUUUGAUUAGCAAAAUGGAAGGCGACGGGAGCCAAGCCACCUCUGGAAACUCGAAUGAUUCGCAACACGACCCGGGUAAAAUGUUUAUCGGUGGACUCAGCUGGCAAACAUCACCUGACAGCCUUAGAGACUAUUUUACUAAAUUCGGAGAAAUUAGAGAAUGCAUGGUGAUGCGAGAUCCGACGACAAAGCGAUCCAGAGGUUUUGGGUUCGUUACAUUCGCAGAUGCAGCCAGCGUAGAUAAAGUCUUAGCGCAAACACACCACGAAUUAGACUCAAAGACGAUCGACCCUAAAGUUGCCUUUCCUCGCCGCACCCAACCUAAGAUGGUCACAAGAACAAAGAAGAUCUUCGUGGGCGGAUUAUCGGCGAACACGGUAGUGGAGGAUGUGAAGCAGUAUUUUGAACAGUUUGGAAAGGUGGAAGACGCCAUGCUGAUGUUCGAUAAGACGACUAACAGGCACAGAGGUUUCGGCUUCGUUACUUUUGAGAGCGAGGACGUCGUAGAGAAAGUCUGCGAAAUUCAUUUCCAUGAAAUCAACAAUAAAAUGGUAGAAUGUAAGAAGGCCCAGCCCAAGGAGGUGAUGUUCCCCCCGGGGGCCCGAGGCAGAGCCAGGGGCCUCCCCUACACCAUGGACGCCUUCAUGCUCGGCAUGGGCAUGCUGAGUUACCCCAACAUUGUGGCGACGUAUGGCCGUGGAUACACUGGCUUCGCACCUAGUUACAGCUACCAGUUUCCCGGCUUCCAGGCGACGACGUACGGCCCAGUGGCGGCGACGGCGGCAGCAGUAGCAGCAGCUGCGGCAGCACGAGGCUCAGGUAGGAGCACACGCUCGAGGGGGGGCGCAGACAGAUACCCUUCCUCUGAAGGCCCAGGCUUCCCCGAUUAUGGCUUUUACUCGACGGCGGCGGCGGGAGGCGGCGGUGGGGAGCAGCCACAGCGCGGGGGCCCUUGCUCCUUCGCCGACUACGGCUCCCUGGGGCCCCCGGGGGCCGCCCAGCUACUGCAGAGCGAGCACGCCGCCUCCGCCUCGGCCUGCGCCUCCCCUCUGCAGCACCUGCCCAGCCCGGAGCAGUUUAAGAGCCCAGGUGCCAACCCUGCGCGUCCGGGCGGUUUCCAUGGUGCCAAUAGCCCGGGCCCCGUGGCUGACCUGUACGCGGCUGCCAGCCAGGACUCAGCCGUGGGCAACUACAUCAGCGCCGCCAGCCCCCAGCCUGGAGCCGGCUUCGGACACAGCAUCGCCGGCCCACUGAUUGCCACUGCUUUCACAAAUGGGUACCACUGAGGAGGACCAGACCGUUGGUGGCCAUGGCGAUGGAGCAGGGGAGAAGAGGAUGCUGAGAAGUCCUGGAAAGGUGGAAUGGAGAUUCUAAUUGGUUCAGUGUACAGUUGAUGUCAUUCAACUUCAAGCACUACAGCAACUCACCUCUGCAAGAUACAAGAAAAUGGCACCACAUGUGAAGAACAAAGGAUUUUUUUUUUUUCAAAGAUACGUCAAAAUCAUCUCACAGAAAAAACAACAACUGCUGUACCAUUAAUCCUAUGUUCAGAUAUAUUUGUUAAAAAGACAUUUAUUUUCGUCUUCCUGACUUUUAAGUUUUAUUUUUAUGUAAUUAUGUUUUGUUUGUUUUUUGAGUGUCCCACUCCAAUCUUUUCUCAUUACGGACUAGGCUACGAGGCAUUAACAAGUCUAAUGCCUUUGCUACAAUUAGAUAGUUCUCAACAUGCCAUUUUUUUCGCACAUUGGAAAGAAGUGAAACGACUGAACACGUUUGGAACAAACACACAUUACAUUUCAAGUGUAAAUUAAGAGGGUUAAAAAAACAUACAAAAUCUUAGUAUCUGUUUUUAAAUCUUGUGACGUCUCAUUAUUUCACCAUAAUUACCUAUUUUUGGGCAAUACAAAGAGGACUCCAAUAUUUUUAUGGUCCUUUUUUUUACAAGUGUUGUUUUUUUGUGGUUUAGAAAAGAAAAUGUAUGCUAUAACAUUUUUCAUAAAAAAUACAUUGUGAAAAGAGAUUUAAGGAAAUGUAAAUAUUAUACCAGUCUCUACAUAUAAUCAACUAUGAAUGAAAAAAAAAGAUAUUUUUUUCCGAUGCUGUGUCUACAACGUGUCCCCAGGGUGUACAUAAUCAGACAAUAUACGUACGUACUUCAAAGCAGACUAUCGGUCAGUUACUGAAAGACAGCAGAUAUCCUCAUGGUUAAAUGGUUAUAUACAGUAUAUAUAUACAUGCGUUAUAUCCUUGUCCUGAUAUCUUGCUUUGUAAAUACAAAACAAGUCACAUAGCAGCAAAACAAGAGCAGCAUCAGAGAUAUUCUAUAGAGAUAUGUCAACAUAAUAGGUUUCUAUGGGCACCUAACGCGACCAGGUUCCGGUCUGCCUAAAGGGGCGUGUCAUAAUGCUCCUACAAUGAAUAGAACAGUCCUUAGGUCUGCCUAGGUCUGCCUAAGGGGGGCCAUAAUAGAACCAGGAAACAAUGGGCCAAUGGAACCUCUCUCUCUCUCUACUCUCUCUGGCAGCAUUGCAAGUGUCAUACCAGCAUAUUUCUACACCAUGAGAACAGGACAUGGGAUACAAAUAUACAAACAAACAAACAAACAAACAAAAAAUCUUCUUAACAUUAUAAUUGAUAGAGGCCUAAAUUAUGUCUUACGUCCUGAAGCCCAAUAAAACAUCCAUGUGGGUGAUUAUUGUUUUGAGGUAAAUACAUCGUGAAGGAUUUCAAAGCACACAUUAAUUUUGUGUUUAAAAAAAAAAAAGUCCUGAAAUGAUUUCUGUCUAGAGAUUUUACUCUGACGUUGACAUCCUGACACUUUUCUACUCUCAAUGGGGGAAAAAAGACUUACUGUGUUAUCUGUUGGUGUUGUUAUUUGUUUGUUGUUGUUUGUCUGCUACAGAUGGUUCUGUCAUUUUUAUUUCAGAACAACAGUUUCUGCUUACCACAGAGCCAGCAAGAACACCUUCCUUCUUUUGCUCUGUUCUCUUUUUCAAAAGAAAUAUAAAAAACACACACAAAAAAAACAAAGAAAGGUAAACAUUUUAUAUCAUACCUCAGCCCCACGCCUCUCACCUGGGGGAAAGACAACAUAACUGAUUGAAUUUAUUUUCAGUAGCUCAUGAGAGAGAGUUAAAAUAACAAAAAAAAUAGCUGAUGGAGUAAAAGGACAUAUAAAAUCAUUGCACUGUGACCAGAACGAAAGAUCGGAACCUUUUUUUUUUUCUUCUCUUCUCUUAAUUCUUUGCACAUGUUAAAUGUCGAUGAUGUUGGUCCUUACAAUUAGUCAAGUUUGAAGAAUUGUUGUAACAUGAAUGUCAAAAUGAAGCAAUGAAUACCAAUUUAUAACCUAAU